AUGGGCGGCGGCGGGUCGGCACUGAGGGUCUGCGCCGAGCACCGCGGGGGCAUCAACUGGCUGAGCCUGAGCCCGGACGGGCAGCGCCUGCUGACGGGCAGCGAGGACGGCACGGCCCGGCUCUGGAGCACCGCGGACGGCCGGUGCUGCGCCCUCCUGCGAGGGCACGAGAGCUACGUGACCUUCUGCCAGCUGGAGGACGAGGCCGCCUUCACCUGCAGCGCCGACCGCACCAUCCGCAAGUGGGACGUGCGGACCGGGCAGUGCCUGCAGGUGUUCCGGGGACACACGUCCAUCGUGAACCGGAUCCUGGUCGCCAACAGCCAGCUCUUCAGCAGCUCCUAUGACCGGACGGCUCGCGCCUGGAGUGUGGACAAGGGGCAGGUGUCCCGGGAGUUCCGGGGCCACCGCAACUGCGUGCUGGCGCUGGCCUACUCCGCCCCCCGGGACCUGCCCUUCCAGGAGGAGCCCGCGGCCGGCGGGCUGCUGGUGACGGGCAGCACCGACGGCACGGCCAAGGUGUGGCAGGUGGCCAGCGGCUGCUGCCACCAGACGCUGCGGGGCCACACGGGGGCCGUGCUGUGCCUUGUGCUGGACGCUCCCAGCCACACGGCCUUCACGGGCAGCACGGACACCACCAUCCGCGCCUGGGACAUCCUGAGCGGGGAGCAGCUGCGGGUGUUCCGGGAGCACCAGGGCUCCGUCAUCUGUCUGGAGCUCGUGGACCAGCACGUGUACUCGGGCAGCGCCGACAGGACCGUCAAGUGCUGGCUGGCGGACUCCGGGGAGUGUGUGCGCACGUUCCCGGCCCACAGGCACAGCGUGAGCACCCUCAAGUACCACGCCGGCACCUUGUUCACGGGCAGCGGGGACGCCCGCGCGCGCGCCUUCGACGCCCAGUCCGGGGCGCUGCAGAGGGUGUUCCGGGGCCACGCCUUCGUCAUCAACUGCAUCCAGGUGCACGGCCAGGUGCUGUUCACCGCCUCGCAUGACGGCCAUCUGCGCCUCUGGGACGUGCGCGGCCUCCCCCGCAGCCGCUCCCGCCUCUUCAGCAACAAGGUGGGCUGUGCCACCGCGCCCCUGCAGCCGGCCUGA